AGGAAAAAAAAAAGGGAAAAAACACAGAAGAAAAAGAGCUGAGAGCAAGCUGAAAGCUGAAUGGGCCUCAGCAGCUGCUCGUUCCCCCCUUUCUUCUUCCUCAGAUAAGGAGGCCCCAGUCCAGGGAUAAAGCUGCGAUUUUUUUUCCUUAACCAGUUCGAGCGCUCAGCCGCCUACCAGGAGCAGCAGGAGCCGAACGCGAGUACUAGCAAGUCCCUUCGACUGCUAGGAGAUUUCUGAGUGGAUCCCGCUGGGUUGCUUCGUCCUCGCCGCCGAUUCGCGGGAGGAAGCAGGUCCUUUGGAAGCGAUCUCACUGUUUUUUUGCCACCCCCACAGAAGAUCAGAAUCAGAUCCCUAGAGGAGCUGCGCCGCCGCCCUCUUUUCUGUAAAUCUCCUGCCUUUUUGGUGAUGUUUUGACUUGCUGUUUACUGCGGCUGCUUCUCUCGCUUCGCCUUGUUUUGGAGCUUUCUGGGAUUUCGUCAAUUUGCGAGAUGAGCUCGUGAAGCCUAUGGCUGUGGAAGAACAGGAACGGAUCAUCAAUUUUGCGCUGCGGCUGGGGAAAGUCUAGGAGAAAAGUUUUGGCUUUUAAAAAUGGGAGCGGGUCCCACAGAAAACAACAAAUAAAAUCAAGAAAGUCCUCCUCUUUCCCCUCCAUCAUCUCCGCUGGGCUCCUGGAGAGUCCUGCCGAGCGCCGUCGCUGCCCCCUUGCCUCCGGAGCAAAAUUCCGUUUUCCCAGAUCAAGAUUGGCGAGGGAGCCCAGGGACACCUGGCGCAGUGCGAGGUGAGCAGAGAGUCUGCAGCUCUCUGCUCCAGCGGCGGCGCAGUCGCGACUGCAGCAUCCCGUGCGUGCGAGGCUGCUGCCGCCGAGGCGAGCGCGGCUCCGGCCUCCAGCAGCGACGACUGGGCGAGCGGCGGCGCCAUUGUCCUGUCUUCGCCCAGCCCUUUGCCGGCGACGAGCGCAACCUCCAGGAAGGCAUUCUUUUUGCCGUGCCAUGGAUGUCACCGAUGUUCAGCAGGGUGGGGGAUCAAUGGAUGCCAGAGGCGGUGUGCCUAAUCUUUUCCAUGCCCUUGGACCGGCACUCCUGAUAUCAAUGGGGUACAUUGAUCUCGGGAAGUGGGUGGCAGCUGUGGAAGCUGGUUCUCGGUUCGGAUUCGACCUUGUGCUGCUGGCUCUCAUUUUCAACUUCACUGCAAUUGUAUGCCAGUACCUUGCUGCUUGCAUUGGCAUGGUCACAGGGAAGAAUCUUGCAGAGAUAUGCCACCAAGAAUACAACAAGCCAACAUGUAUCUUCUUGGGUGUUCAAGCUGGAUUGUCAUUGCUGACAUCAGAGCUGACUAUGAUAUUUGGCAUUGCACUUGGAUUCAACCUCCUUUUUGAAUAUGAUGAUCUCAUCACAGGGAUAUGCUUUGCAACAGUUGUACCUAAUCUGCUGCCAUAUGCUAUAUCCGGCCUGGGAAAGAAGAUGGCAGGGACAGUAAAUGCCUGCAUAGCAGGAUUUGCACUUCUGUGUUAUGUGCUUGGCCUAUUGGUUAGCCAACCACAAAUUCCUCUCACAGUGAACGUAAUAUUUCCCAAGCUGAGUGGUGAAAGUGCUUACUCUCUGAUGGCUCUUCUUGGCGCAAACAUAAUGGCGCACAACUUUUACAUUCAUUCAUCAAUUGUUCAGGGUCAGAAAAGAUCGUCUGCAGUUGGUCUUGGUGCCUUAUUUCAUGACCAUCUUUUUUCGAUCUUAUUUAUUUUUACUGGGAUCUUUCUGGUGAAUUAUGUUCUAAUGAACUCUGCAGCCGCUGAAUCCACUAAUACUCUUCUCCUCACUUUUCAAGAUGUUGUGGAGCUAAUGAACCAGAUAUUUGUAAACCCUCUGGCACCAACAAUAUUUUUAGUGGUUCUUCUCUUCUCCAGCCAUAUCAUCUCAUUGACAUCUGCUAUUGGUAGCCAAGUGAUUUCGCAGCAUUUGUUUGGUCUAGACAUUCCACUGUCAGGGCAUCAUCUCUUACUGAAGGGUUUUGCCAUAGUUCCUACUCUGUACUGGGCAAAAGUUGCAGGUGCUGAAGGGAUAUACCAAUUGUUAAUUAUAUGCCAGAUUAUUCAGGCCAUGCUCCUUCCGUCAUCAGUCAUCCCACUUUUUCGUGUUGCUUCAUCAAGAGCAAUAAUGGGUGCCCAUAGAGUGUCUUUGCAUCUGGAGAUACUGGGUUUUCUCGCAUUUCUCCUUAUGCUAUUUUCAAAUAUCAUAUUUGUGGCAGAAAUGCUGUUUGGUGACAGUGGCUGGAUGAACAAUCUAAAAGGAUAUACUGGAAGCCCUGUGGUGCUCCCACAUACAGUUUUCAUUCUAGUCGCAUGUAUAUCUGUUGCUUUUUCACUGUACCUGGCUGUUACACCAUUAAAAUCUGGAAGUAAUGAAGCUGAAUCACAGGAAUGGUCUGUACAUUCUCAGAGAGAGCUCUUGGGUACUCCUCAAGGAAGGGAAGAGGAUGAAGUGGACAAUGUUAUGUAUGAGGAAGAUCAGAGAUCAGAUAUCGAUCCUUCUCCCAGGGAUCUGGUGGACAACCAUUCACAAACAGCUAUGGGAUAUAUUGAUACUUCUGACACUGCUGUUGAAUCUGAUCACGACUCUCAACAAUCUACUGCUUAUGCACCCGCUGUUCCAGAAACCUGCCCAUCCCCAUCAUACACUCCUGAAGAGUCAAAAUCUGUUGUUGCAGUCAACUGGCCGGAGCCUUUGGAGAAGGUUUCCGCCUCUACUGUGAUAGAGGAAAGUACAAUAGAAAGUGUGGACUCUAGAAGCACGACUGAAAGGGAUGUUUUAGUAGAAACUGAUGUUCUUCCAGACAAGGAUAAGGAAUAUCUAAAUGUUAUGGAGUCUGAGAAGUCAAUUGUUGGUAGCACCCCUUCUUGUGUGUCCGAUGAUGGCCCUCCAUCCCUUACCUUUAGCAGGGGGAAAUGUUCAGAUGCAGGCAAUGGCAACGGGAGUCUCUCGAGGUUAUCUGGUCUGGGUCGUGCAGCAAGAAGGCAGCUGGCAGCCAUACUUGAUGAGUUCUGGGGCCAUCUCUUUGACUACCAUGGUAAGCUCACUCAAGAAGCUAGCACUAAAAAGUUUGAUAUCUUACUUGGGCUAGGCCUUAGAACACCUAGCUCAGCUGCAAGAACAGAUAAACAAGCUAUUGAAAUCCCCAAGAGCCCAAUGGUGAGAGACACAAUGCGAGGGUCAGCUUUCUUGUCAAACUCAGUGGACAUGAUGUCCCCUAAGAAUGAGAUGUCGAACUUGGAACUUACAUAUGGGCUUCAGAGGGGCACAAGCAUGGGAUCAUCAACCUGGUCUCAGGGCAUGCAGCUACCAAAUACACAGCUGCAGAGCUCAACCAACAGCCUACUUGAGCAAAGCGCAAGACUGAACUCGAAUUUUGGUGCGCCAUCUUACUCAGACAACAAUCAGUUCUACCAGCCUGCAACAAUUCAUGGGUAUCAGCUUACGUCUUACUUGAAACAAAUGAAUGCCCGCCGAAAUCCUUACUCUAGCACGUCACUGGACCCUCAGUGGCUUCCAAAAUCAUCCAUGCCUGCUGCGCCAACCUAUGUUGAUUCCAUGAUGCAUUCUCGUAACCAGAAUCUUCUUGCUUCACUGGGUGCUACUCCUUCACAGAUUGCAGCGACAUCCCGCAUUGGUUCAAUGAUGACAGAAAGAUCGUAUUAUGAUCCUGCUGUUGUUGAUGGGAGUGAAAGUGCUGGCUCAUCUGCUUACUCAAAGAAGUACCACAGCUCACCUGAUAUAUCUGCAAUAAUUGCUGCAAGCAGAACUGCACUGUUGAAUGAAGCAAAGUUGGGUGGUGCCAUUGGACCCCAGCCGUACAUUAGCAGGCUGGCAUCAGAAAGAUCACAAUAUGCAAACUCAAUAGCCCGUCCUGCAGCUCCCCUAGCGUUUGAUGAGCUUUCACCUCCUAAACUCCAAAGUGAUAUCUUCUCAGCGCAGUCAAGUAUGAGCCCUAGUGCUAGAUCCCUAUGGGCUAAGCAACCAUUUGAGCAAUUGUUUGGCAUGUCAAGUGCAGAGCUCAGUAAAGGUGACUUUAAUCAUUCUGGCAGAUCAGGUGGCAUGCCCAAGGAUGAUUUUUCUUACAAGGAGUCUGAAAUGAAGCUUCUUCAGUCCCUCAGAUUCUGCAUUAUGAAGCUCCUGAAGCUAGAGGGGUCAGGGUGGCUGUUUAAGCAAAGUGGUGACUGUGAUGAAGAUCUAAUUGAUCAUGUUGCUGCAGCAGAGAGGCUACUGUUGCAAGGAACUACUGAGAAUCAACUGCUUCAUGGUGAUCGUCAGCAACCAUCUUCUGAUCAGGCGGACAUUCAGUACAUGUGCACAUUGCCCAAUUGUGGAGAGGACUGCGUUUGGCGCGCUUCCCUUGUUGUUAGUUUUGGUGUCUGGUGCAUCCGCCGAGUACUAGACAUGUCUCUAGUGGAAAGCAGGCCUGAACUUUGGGGCAAGUAUACUUAUGUACUUAACCGUCUUCAGGGAAUCCUAGACCCUGCUUUCUCCAAGCCUCGAAGUGCUCUGACCAUAUGUGCCUGCCUUCAGAAAGACAUCAGAGUGCUCAACAAUCUGCCGCACAGUGGAGUAUCAGCAAUGGGAGCCAUUCCCAUGCCUAUCAGGGGCACCUUCACAACUGCAGCAGUAGUCCUGGAGAUGAUCAAGGAUGUGGAGACAGCAGUAUCAGGCCGCAAGGGCAGGAGUGGCACGGCAGCUGGAGACGUUGCCUUCCCCAAGGGGAAGGAGAACCUGGCUUCUGUACUCAAGCGGUACAAACGGAGGCUUGCCAGCAAGGGACAGUAAGGCGUUGGUCGACAGCGAUUGCAAUUUUAGAGAGUUUGACCAUUGUUCUCCAGGGAUGCGCCAUCGGCCUCCUGGAGUCCUGGAUUUUUUCGUUGCGCAACGUUUGCAGGGACAGGUUGCCUGAUGACCAAUCCCUUCCAGCAAGUUCUUUUUGUUCUUUUUUUGAUUUUUUCUGGCAUGUGAUGUUGUAUAAGGGUAACUACGUAUCUGCACAAAAGGACCCCAAAAUGUACAAGGAAAGGAAAUGUAGUCUGCUGAUGCAGCAUUGUAAAGUCCACUCUCUGCAGGUUAACCCUUUUUGGGGCCUUCAAAUGUUUGUGCCCUAUGUUAUGACCCCUGCAGAGAGGUUGCAAAUACUGAACCACUCACAAAUUUGCAGCUGUCACGGAAUCAUUUUGUAAUUUCCUACAUUCUGUUCACAAUUAUUCCUUGUUUGCCCA